CUCUGAGCUGCAAAUGUGCAAUCCGCAAACUCGUCACUCUCCGGGUUCAUGACUGCAAAGCCAACCGACUCCCCAUCACAUCUUUGAUCUUUCUAAUAUCUCUUUUGUUCUCAGAGUAACGGAUUUCACGGUUUUUGGAGCGUGGAACAAGUUUCCUUGUAGCCAAACGGGCCCUCUCAGCAAGGUUCUGGAAAGUUAGUAGGGAUGGUUUGUGGUGGUUCUGAAAUUGUGGGGGUUUGAACUGAAAUGGUGGGGUUAAUUAUGACAAAUGGUCAAAUGGGUGUCUCUUACUUUGAAAGAAAUGCUAUCUUUGUUUCAAAUUAUGCCUGCAAUUCGUUUUGUUCAUAUGGAUUUUUGAUUCCUCGGAGACCCAUUUUUCCCAUUGGUUUAAAUGUGACGAAGAAUGAGAAGAUUCAUGUUCAUGGUGUCAAAAUACAGAAUUCCCGAACAAUUAGUGCUUUGUUGAAGGGAGAAUCCGACAAUCGGUUGGUCCGCGGUGACCUUCUCGAGAAAGAGGUUGAGUUUAAGCCCUCAUUCGAUGAGUAUUUGAAGACUAUGGAGUCAGUUAGGGUCAGUAGGGACAAAAAACAAGCUAAUAAUUCAAAAAAGCGGAGGAUGAAUGAUAAUCCAGUAGAUAAGGGUCUUUUCAGGACACCACCAAUGGAAGGAGGUGAAGAGAAAGUAAAAUUGAAGGAGUUUGAGGGGGUUUUGGAUCAAGAUAAGGUGUUAAAAGUUGUAGAAGAAGAAGGGCUCUCUAAAAAUGCACUUGGAAUCAUGGGCAAAGAAAGCCGGCUAAGAGGUAAACUUAACUACAAAGGUCAAGUAAGUACAGAAUUAAUGGAUGGGAUUGAUGCCAAAGAAGGAAACGUAAACACAAAAAUAAAUAAGAAGCCCGGGAGAGAGAUAACAAAGGGAAUAUUCUCGAAACACCAGACUAGUAGCAUGGAACAAGAAUCGGAAUACUCCAACCUGUACAGAAGUACAAAGGCUUAUAAUGCACAGGGAAGCUCAAGGGCAUUGGCUCCUGUUCAAAGCAAACGCCACAGUAGCCACAUCGAAGGGAAACAUGUUUAUGAUGCUGGUUCUGUGGGCAUGUUGAGAAAGAAGGGGACUGGUAUUAGCCAACGAGAUCACACAUCAUUUCGGAAAACCUUUAACGAAGAGAAAAUUGGUGUUCGAAGAGAUAAGGAAUUGCAUGGUGGACUUGAGAGGAAAUACAUCCAAGUUGAAGAAGUUACUACUAAUGAAUUCGUGCAUAAUAAUGGAAAAUUAACUAGAAGCCGUAAGGCUUUCUCUGAAAGAGCUGAUGAUUAUGGUUCAGAGGUGGAAAGAGCUGCAUUCAAAACUUUUGAUGAAUUCAAUGAUGUCAUGGACAAGCCACGAGUUUCACGGGUAGAAAUGGAAGAUAGAAUCCAGAAGCUAGCAUAUCGGUUGAAUGGUGCAGACAUAGACAUGCCUGAGUGGAUGUUUGCUAAGACAAUGCGAAGUGCGAGGAUCAGAUUCUCAGAUCAUUCUAUAUUGAGGGUUAUCCAGAUAUUGGGAAAACUGGGAAAUUGGAGGCGGGUGCUACAAGUCAUUGAGUGGCUUCAAAUGCGUGAGCGCUUCAAAUCCCACAAGCUCAGAUUCAUAUACACGACUGCACUUGAUGUAAUUGGAAAGGCAAAUAGACCAGUGGAGGCACUCAAUGUCUUUCAUUCAAUGCAGCAACACAUGUCUUCGUAUCCGGACCUAGUCGCUUAUCAUUGUAUUGCUGUUUCUCUUGGACAAGCGGGGUAUUUGAAGGAACUCUUUGAUGUGAUUGAUAGCAUGCGAUCUACUCCCAAGAAGAAGUUCAAAACCGAGGCACUUGGGAAAUGGGACCCACGGUUGGAACCAGAUAUUGUCGUUUACAAUGCGGUCCUAAAUGCUUGUGUUCAGCGGAAACAAUGGGAAGGAGCAUUUUGGGUUUUGCAGCAGUUAAAGCAACAAGGGCAACAUCCUUCUUCUACAACAUAUGGACUUGUCAUGGAGGUGAUGUUUGCAUGUGGCAAGUACAACUUGGUUCAUGAUUUUUUCAGAAAAUUGAAGAAAUCUUCUAUUCCAAAUGCUUUAACAUAUAAAGUUCUUGUGAAUACACUUUGGCAAGAAGGUAAAACCGAUGAGGCUGUGUCUGCCGUUCAAGACAUGGAAAGACGAGGGAUAGUAGGUUCUGCAGCUCUUUAUUAUGACCUUGCUCGCUGUCUUUGUAGUGCUGGAAGGUGCCAAGAAGCAUUAGAACAGAUCGAGAAGAUAUGCAAAGUUGCUAAUAAGCCUCUAGUGGUGACUUACACCGGCUUAAUUCAAGCUUGUUUUGACUCUGGAAACAUUCAAGAUGGAGCAUACGUUUUCAAUAAAAUGCAGAACUUUUGCUCCCCAAAUCUUGUUACAUAUAAUGUAAUGCUGAAAGCUUACCUAGCACAUGGGAUGUUUGAUGAAGCAAGUGAACUGUUCCACAAGAUGUCAGAAGAUGGGAACCAUAUCAGCAGGAAAUCUGAUUACAGGGUUCGAGUAAUACCAGAUAUCUACACAUUCAACACCAUGUUAGAUGCAUGCAUUGCAGACAAGAGGUGGGAUGAUUUUGAGAAUAUUUACAGAAGGAUGCUGCACCAUGGGUAUCACUUCAAUGCAAAACGCCAUCUUCGAAUGAUAUUGGAUGCUUCUAGAGCUGGAAAGAGAAAGUUGCUGGAAACAACUUGGAUUCACUUGGCUGAGGCAGAUAGGACUCCACCACCUCCUCUCAUCAAAGAAAGGUUUUCCAUAAAGCUAGAGAAUGAUGACUAUAUUUCUGCUGUCUCAUGCAUAACUAGUCACCCCAUGAAGGAGUUGCAGGCAUUCUCCAAGGUGGCGUGGCUGAAUUUCUUCAAGGAAAACGCCCACAGAUUUCGGAAUGAUGCUCUGUUUCGGUUAAUACAUGAGGUUAGCAUACUUAUUAACACAAGUGAAUCGCCAAACCCAGUGCUUGUGAAUCUGAUUUCAGCUUGUAAGGAGUUUUGUAGGACUCAUAUGACAUUAGCUGAGAUUAAACAACUAGAAACAUUCAAACUGAAUUUGCUCUAAACUGGCAUUUCUACUUCUUAGAAUGAUUCAUUAUAUCUC